AGUGACCGUCGUGACGCCAUUUCCCCUGCGACACUUCCUUUUGAGAAGUUGAAAGGUCAGGGGUGUCACGGUGUCCUCUUGUCGCACACGUGUGUUUCGGCUGCUGCAACCAUGCUGUCCUCUCUCUCCCGAGCUCUUAUCGCCACCGCACGGGUCGCCACUUCCCGGCCCGUGUCCAUGCUCUCCUCCUUGUGCCCUGCUCGCUCCUUCACCCGCACUCUGUGGAUGCAUGGCGGCCAGGGCUCUGCUCUGAGGCCAGCCUUCCUUUACCCUUACCGGGGGUUCCCGGCGGUGUCAUGCGGCUGUGGAGGAUUGCAUACAGAGGGUGAGUGUCAAACUGUGUGGACUGUAAUGGUUUGUCCAGCACAGGUUUCCCAUGAUAAAAUAUAGAUCAUUGUAACUGACUGUUCUGUGGUUAUGAUUUCUAUUAAAUUAAGAAGUGUGUGUUUUUUAAUUUUUAAAAAUUUUUUUUUUUAUAAUGGUAAAUUGAAUUUAUUAUUAUUAUGUGUAGACGCUCACCUUGAUAUGUAAGUGCAGUCUGUUAAAACCGCUAUGAUCCAGUGAGCUACAGCAUUCAGGAUUAGUAAGUAUACCAGUGUUUUUUUGUUUGUUUGUUUUUUAAUACAUUGAGAUGGCUCUUUUUAUGUGAAAGUCUUGUUUCAGUGGGGGUUAAACAAAAUGCUUCUAUUUAACACACUCGAAUUUUAAAUAACUGCUUUUCUUCUUCUGCUCUAUUUUAGGAGACAAAGCAUUUGCAGAAUUCCUCAGCGAUGAAAUCAAAGAAGAAAAGAAAAUACAGAAACACAAAUCCCUACCUAAGAUGACUGGUGGGUGGGAGCUGGACGUCCAUGGCACAGAGGCUAAACUGAUAAGGAAACUUUCAGGGGAGAAGUAAGUAAUGUCACAAAAAUGAAACCGUGCUCUUCUGGUUUGUGACCACUAACAGACAAAUGGGACACAAUGCAUGGUAGUCUUGGCUGUUGCUAAUACAUGAUACAUACUGGCUUGUAUAAAACAUGCUUGGUAAAAUAAUUCAGAUUUUUGGAUAUAUCUUAUAAGAAUAAUUUUACAUCCAGAAAUACAUAAAUAAGACCCUAGAACCUUAGGAUGGUUGCAUAAAAACAUUGCCAAUGCUCUCCAUGUCUAGCUCUCCCCUGCCCCAACCAUGUCAUUAUAGGGACAAAUCUGCCAAACAGCAUGCAGGGUUAUUUACUAAAAUGAGAAUUAGUGGGAAUGCAAAUACAUUUCAAUUUGAAGGCUAAAGUAGCUGAACUGGAAGCAUCACUGAUUUUGCUAUAUUUUUCCAGGCUAGCUAUUUUGAUAUUUAAAUUCAAAAUUCACUUGUCUCCUUUAUGUGACCCAACAUUUUCACUAGUCCCUAGUAGUCAACAGUAGCUUUGGUGCCUUAUACUUCCAUUAAUAUUCUAUAUCCAUUUAAUGUUGUGGUUGUUUUCAAAGAAUGUCAAGUCUUUAAAUUUUCAUGUAACUCAUUGAAAUGCUGUACUGCUCAUGCUAUCUGAUUUUUAUAUAAAAACACACAAAAAACCUUGAAAUUAAUACAGCAUUACAGAUUUUGCUUUUUAUUCGGUUUUAUCUAGGCAUGUUUGGUCUUUGAAAACAUUAGGCUUAUUCUUCUUAUUGUAUUCAGAUGUUUGUUUGUUUUCCCCCCCCCCAAAGGGUUACCGUAACAUUCAAUACCAAUAACAGCAUUCCACCAACAUUUGAGGAAGAAUCACAAGAAGGUCAGAAGGCAGAGGAGAAUGAGGUAAAAUUUAAAACUUUAUAUAUUUCAAUACAAAGAAGCAUUCACUUCACAGGGUUCCAUUUUGCACACUUGCACAUGCUCAGACCUAACCUGUGUAAAGAUAUGGUAAAUGAGGACAAAUGAAUCCUUAAGUAAGUAGUGCACAGAGCAAGGUCAGGUUUUUAUUUAUUCCCCCCACCCAGUUAAUAAUCUUCAUUAAGGUUUUACAAAGGUGACAUGCAGUGAGUAGUAGCUAUGUGGUGGUACAUAGUAAUACAAAAAUGAAUGUGUACAUUAAGGUAGCAUAGCACAUAAAUAAAUGGAUAACAAAUCAUAUUUAAUGUAGCUAAUGCUGACCACCAGGGGGUGGGUUCAGUGGUGUAUCCUGGUUUUGUGCUGCCCUAGGCAGGACAAAACUCAGGCACCCCCCCGUGCUACCCCCACCCGCGCAACCGCCACCCAACCCUUCCCCCCUGCUCCGCCUUCUAAAUACACACACACACACACACACACUCGCUGACAGAUACGCAUUCACUAGCUAACAGAAACACACACUGACAGACAGACACACUGACAGACAGACACACUGACAGACAGACACACACACUCACUAACAUACACACACACACACUCACUCACUCACUCACUAACAUACACACACACACUCACUCACUCACUCACUAACAUACACACACACACACUCACUCACUAACAUACAUACACACACACACACACACACACACUAACAUACACACACAUUCACUUGUGUUUUUUUUUUUAAUUUAACCCCCCCAGCCUCCUUACCUUUGCGAAUGCUGGGGGGGUUCUUCCUCUCCCUGGGGUCCAGUGGCUGCCGGUCGGGCUGGGCGGGCGGGCGGCGAGGGAGCUCUUCCCCUGAGCGCUCUGCUCCCUCUCGUGCCGCCAGCAGAGUGAGACUGGGAGCCGGAAGAUGACGUCAUAUUCCGGCUCCCAGCCUCACUCUGCGGCGCGCGAGGGAGCUGAGCGGACAGCUCAGGGGAAGAGCUCCCUCGCCGCCCGCCCGCCCAGCCCGGCAUGUCUGUUAGCCGCGAGGCUAACAAGGCAUUUGCCCUGGGCAUUUGGGGGCGGCUUUUUUGCCGCCCAAGGCAAAUGCCUUGUUUGCCUCGCGGCUAAUACGCCCCUGGGUGGGUUGGGAAAAUAAGUUGUCAAUUGAGUUAAGGAGAAAUAGCUAAAAACCUUUGCCACUUGUCCUACACCUUUUGAAAUUCUGGCAACGAGUCCAGUAUGCGGUGAGAUUUCUUUAUAAAAAUAUUUAAAAGAAAGAUACUUUAAAACAUUCUAUGUGGUAGUGCUGUGCACGUUAUUUUUGCAAGCAGGAACAGUUUGUGCCAAAGCCACAUUUUACCAUAUUUAUGCAGCACCUGAAAAUACGAAUACAAAUCAGGCUUUUGGAUUUAACCUUCAUAAAGACCGGCAUCUCACUAUUCCUUAAGUCACUUACAUUUAACAUAAUAAUACAUCUACUCGGAGGCAGAGCCAAGCUGCUGACCUGAAUGGCUGCAUGUAAUCGAAGCUCUGUAACAAACCGCCAUAUUGGACCUUCUAACACAGCCCAAAUCCCUCACAUAAGGUACCAAACUGCACCACCAAUGACAGGGAGAGAGAUGGUUCGGAAAACAAAAAAAAACAAGCCUUAUAAACCCAGGCAGAGUGGAAAUAUCAGAGACCUCUGAAAGCUGGCCUGCAGUACCAUGGGCGCCAACAUGGCUGACUACGCCGAAGACUGCUCAGACAUUUCAGUUGACUUCACUAGCGGGGCAGAAAUACAUCCCUCACCCGUCUCGCUGGCUCCUCUCCCGACUCAUCCACAAGUAGAUGUAUACCCAGUGAACACAGCGGUAUUGAAAGAGCUGCUAGCGAGGCUUCAGCUUACUAUACAGGCUGACAUGGCCCAGAAUCCGCAAAGACCUGCAGGGCCUGACAGGCCGCCUGAGCAGGGUGGAAGAAGAUUCCCACCGAAACAAGCAUGACACAACACCGCUACAACAGCAGAAUCGCAAAACCGAACAGCGGUUUGCAGAGCUGGAAGACCAAUGGCGAAGUCUCAACCUCAAGUUCAGGGGAAUCUGAGAAGAGAUACCGGAGCCAGAGGUACUGCAAUUCAUCAUGUGACUGAUGUUGGCCCUCUUGCCCCCUAGACAGGCCAAACAAGCAGUCCUGGGAGGGAUGUUUCGCCUCCCCAGACCCGCAAAAGCUCCGACCUCAGCACCUAGGGACCUCCUGGUGUACUUCAUUAAUCACGGAGACAGAGCAGCGGUGCUGCAAGCAAUAAGAAGCCAAGUCCCAUGUGUGCUUGAGAACAUGCAGAUAUAUCAGGGCCAACGCUGGCCUGGCGCCGCACAAUAAAACCCUUCACAGCUCUGCUAUGUCUACAUAACAUUACCUAACAAUGGUGGCAUCCUCAAGCACUUUUAAUCCACCACAGUAAUAUGUCAUUCAAGAUCCAAGACAUGCAGGGUGCCUCGACCUCCUGCUAACCCUGGGACUGCAAGAGGACGCUAUGUCCCCUGCGGUACCAAGCAAGCCAUCGGCACUGCCCAUGGCACGGAAACCCCAGUUCCCCCGAUGGGCAAGAGAAGAGGCCCCCAUAGCGGUCACUACCUGAUGGAGAUCAGAACUCACUUCGAACCAGCCCCCUAACUGCACAGGCUACCCAAAUGGGGCGAGCAGAAUGCCUCUUCCCAGAGAAACUAUGGCAGACGUUAUAUAACCCACCAACUAUUAGCCCAAGUGAGCCACUAACCAUCUAUACCACAUACAUGUAGUCCCCUACAAUGCAGGACUGCAACAUAAGAAUGCCCAUACCGCAGAUAAUACGCUUUCCACCUGCCCACGACUCGAAAACCAACUCACAACAUCGUAAUACUUUUAAAGGUACUCUUGCCUUACUGCCUAUAACUCCUUCAACCCCACCUGAGAUAUGGCCACAUGCCUAGGCAUACUGGGCUUACUAAGCACUAGCACUUACUACCCAAAACUAAAUUCUCUCAGCUCAUGGUCCACUACCCAGAUAUGUUCGACACCCUGCCAAUUACGCCUUGUCAAAAAAUGUGUGUGUAUAUAAACAUACAUACACUGUUCCUCUUUGUCCUUGCACAAACACUUUUAAAACCUUUUCAAAAUGCCGGGUGUAUUCUAGCCAUAGAUUAUAAUAAAAAUAGUGAAAGGCUUGCACUCACGGUCUUUUUCCUUUGUAAAAGAUUCCUUUAUUUAAUUCCUUGUUAAAAUAUGAUCAUUUCAGCCAUCAUUCGUGGCUUUCAUCAGGAUCAAUUCAGAACGUGCUGGAAUCUUUUACAAAGGAAAAAGUGUGUGUGUCUUUGUCUCGAUUUUAUGACCUGAGUCAAGAAUAAAAAAGAGAAUACAUAUACUCAUUUAGAAGAACUAUCCUCAUUUUUUAUUUUAUUAUAAUUGGAAAUAAGAUUGCACCUACAUUGCUUCACACACAUCUGUAAAUACCUCUCAUUUCAGUGUAUUUCUUGUCUUACCAUAGCCCUAUGGGGUGGCUGUCAUUCAUGCUAUAUUUGGUCAGAAGCAGUAGAUUUACCCUGACUAUGUACAAUUUGAAUGCCUGAAACUAGAUUAGGGAGCAUUUGGGAUUAUGCACGUGGUAUAUGUAACUGUGGAUGAGCACUUACAUUCGGCUACCUGAAUGGGCCUUGCUUGGGUAAGCUGUGACCAACAAGGACUUAAAAAUGACGGCAUCCUUGGCUCAUGCGUAAGCUAGAAGAUAAAAUGAAGAGAUAAAUUACAAAAUAAUAUUUAGAGGCUAUAUGAUGCAUGCAAGAUUUUAUUUUAAAGAGAGGAAAAGGUGACUUUGUUGCCAAUAUUUACUUAUAAAUUAUUAAGAUUCUAACAUUUUAAUUCUAUUUGAUGACUGUUUUAAUUACUAAAGACAUGAUCUAAACUCCAUUAAGGUAUGAAACGUGGAAUAUACUGUGUAUACAUUUCUUUUUCUAGGUAAAUCAACAAGCAUACAUCUUGGCACUUAAAUUGUAAUUACUACUCAAGAUAUGAUUUAAUAAAUAAAAACAUUUUAACUUUCUCUAUUGCAGCCAGAACUUGUAUCUACACCCAACUUUGUUGUUGAAGUUACAAAACAGGAUACCAAGGAGACUUUGGUACUUGACUGUCAUUUUCCAGAAGAUGAGGUAAUGAACUCUACAUCUCCCCUCCCUUCCCCCCCCACCCCAAAAAAAUAAAUAAAUUUAGACCAACAUUGCACACUCUUAAAGGAACACUAUAGUCAUCAGAAAAACUACAUAUUAUUAUAAGCGUAUAAUCUUUCCCUUCAAGCUUUUUGCAGUAAACACUGUCUUUUCAGAGAAAAGGCAGUGUUUACAUUACAGCUUAGGGAUACCUCCACUGGCCACUCCUCAGAUGUCUACUAGAGGUGCUGCACAGUGUGCAGCCCUGCCAUUCAGGGUCUCCACCCUCUGUAUGUAGACACUGAACUUUCUUUAUAGAGAUGCAUCUCUAUGAGGCGAUGCUGAUUGGCAAGGGCUGUGUUUGGUUUGUAUUGGCUCUGCCCCUGAUUUGCCUCCGUGACCAUGUCCCUAUGGGGAAAGCAUUGUGAUUGGCUUAGAUAAUCCCUUCUGAUUUCAUCCAAGUGGGCAGAGCCAGCAUCAGACUGGAAUAAAGGUAAGAUUUUAUUAUAUUUAGGGGUAUAAAGAGGCAGGGGGGGGGAGGGCAGGGAGGUUAGAUUUUGUUUUUAACACUAUAGUGUCAGGAAUACAUGUUUGUGUUCCUGACGCUAUAGUGUUCCUUUAAAGGUCAGUUGAUAUUGCUAGGUAUAUGUGUGAUAGAACCCUCAAAACUAUGGCUCAUGUUAAAGCCGAAACUUCAAAACUAGAGCACUCCCUUGCCAAGUGAAUACAACACACUUCUUAGAGUUGGUUAGUUUGCUGCCUAGCCUUAUACACUUCAAUAGUUUCUUUCCUUUCUUCUUUCUUUAAAGGGACACUCUAGACACCCAGACCACUUCAGCUUAUUAAAGUGUUCCGGGUACAGUGUCCCUAUUGCACAUAGUGCUGCUAUGUAAAGCACUGCACUUCCAGAAAAUCCAGUCACUGGAGGCGCUUUCUAGAUUUUAACUGACUUUUGGUCCAGUAAUUGACACUGGACUUCCUCACACUCUAUUUCCCUGUAGUAAAGCAGUGAUUCAAUGCUUUUGUAAGGAGAGGCUUUAGCGCAUGUACAGCAAUUGCUGCGCAUUAGUGUCUGCUCAUCACCAACCCUUUAUGGCAACUUAAUGUGCAUGCUCUGCGAGCUCCGUAAUCGCAUUAGGACUUCCCUGUUGGAAAGCAUUGAAUCAAUGCUUUCCUAUGGGGUUUUAGCUGACGGAUGUAUUCCUGCAAAAUGUGAGGACAUCCAGCAUCAUUUUAGAGGAGCAAAGUCCGCUAAGGACCCGCAAGCGCCUCUGGUAGAUGGCCACUAACCCCUGCAAGGUAAUUAUUGCAGUUUCUCAAUAACUGAAAGAAUUACAAUUGCAGUGUUAAGGAGACAGGGGCAUUGCACCCAGACCACUUUAAUGAGAUGGAUACCUAUAGUGUCCCUGUAAUAUGUUAAGGAUUGUUUGUUACCAACAUAAAAUGUGUUCCAAUUCUCUUAGCCUUGAAAGUCACAAUGUAAAUAAUCUGUACGUAUUGUAUAUGCACAGUAACUAUCUAAGCAGUCUGUUAGCUUCACUAGGCAGAGAAGUUUUCUAAUUUUAAAUUUUCUGAUUUAAAUAUAUAUAAUAUAUUUUAACUUGGCACUCACCCUUUAAUACAGUAGAUUCUGGAAUUCUUGCCCAGGUGUAUCCCUAGAGUUCAAUAUAUAAACAAGGAGUAGUGGGAGCACUCAGAAAAAGACCCUCUAGGGGUCGAAACGUUGAUCGAUGCUUUUUGCACUUAGAUAAUACCACAAUAAAAGAAAAUAUUGUCAAGAAGUCCUCUGAGUGCUUCCACUACUCCGUGUGUGUAUAUAUUUAUUUCAUUGGCUUGAUUUAUUGUGUGCUAAUAUCAGAUUAUGAAAGAAUGGACUGGAAUAACUCGUAUUUUCUAUUUAUUUUUAACUUUUUAUUUUAACAGGUUGGUCAUGGGGAGGAAGAAGAGGAAAGUGAUCUUUUCACUAUUCGGGAGGUGAGCUUCCAGCCCACAGGUGAAACAGACUGGAAGGAAAACAGCUACACCCUAAGCACAGAUUCUCUUGACUGGGUCAGUGCCAUUUAAAUCUUACACAAUAUUUGUGCAUCUAAGCAAAGUUAAUACUAUUGUAUUGAUGAUACUUACAGUUGUCCGUCUUCUCGACCUGAGCACCUACAUCUUUGCUCUCACUCAAUUCUUGUCUUAAAUGUGCCUUUUUCUGCCAUUGAACAUGGCAGGAGGGGAGAAAACCAGUGUUUCUCUUCUCCAUGUUUGCAUUGUGUGCACUGACUGUGCUGGACAUAACUGUGAUUGUCUUUUAAAAGGACAUUCAAGGUACCCAGAUCACUUCAUUUCAAUGAAGUGCCAUGUUCGUGCCUAACACUGCAAUCUAAAACAUAUCUGUUCUGCAGGAAUGGCAAUGUUGACAUUGCAGGAUUUAAAUGCCUCUAGUGCCUGUCACUCUGACAGCCAAUAGAGGAGCUUUGUCUGAAGUAGAAAUAGUUUCUCUAUCAGAUGGUCUCCUGUCGGUGCUAUAAAUGUAAAAGUGUGUGUCCCUUUAAUAUUGUAUAUAUUGUCUGUGGAGAGCAGGAGUCUUAAUGUGUCUAAUUUUUCUGAAUAUUCUAGAAAUGGAGGGGAAGCACUGUUCAUUGGAUACUCUUGCUAUGUAACUUUUAUUGAUUAUUAUUGGAAACUUUAUACUCUUGCUAUUCCUUCCAGAACCUUCAGAAGGAGUAAAAAACUACAAUAGUGUCCAUAAUAACUGAAAAACAGUACAUAUUGGCAGAAAAAUACAUUUUAGGGAGAGCGUUUUUUUUUUAAACACUUUCCAUUCUCCAUUACCUUGUAUCCAAAUGUUUCCCAAUACUAAAUGAAAGAAAUUCAAGGAGUGUAAUUGACACUGACUUAGUUUGGUGUGGGGUAGGAGUGGUAACCGUUUUGUGUAUAUUUUACCAAAGUCUUCUGUGGGCUAUUUGUUUACUGUUGCACUUAUCUAUGGUGGCAGAGGGAGCUCAAGGCCAUUUCAUUAAAUAAAUCCAUUUUUUUUUUUUCUCUCCUCAGGCUCUGUAUGAUCACUUGAUGGAUUUUCUGGCUGAUCGUGGAGUGGAUAAUACAUUUGCUGAUGAGCUUGUGGAACUUAGCACUGCAUUGGAACAUCAAGAAUACAUCCGCUUCUUAGAAAAUCUGAAAAACUUUGUUAAAUGCUAAGGUGUUGUUCAGGAUAGGAAUCUUUUAUUUACCCAUAGAGUGGACCACACUUUCAGUUCUGCGUUAUACCAUUUUUGGUUCUUUAAUCUAUUGAUGGAACUACAGCAAAGAUAUGGAAACACUUUUUUUGUGUGUUUCUUUAACUUGGCAAAAAUGGUAAGGCAAAAAAAUGUGUUCACAUAAACACAAGAGCUGAGUUGUGGUUACUGCAUAUAAGACAUGUUUAAUGUUUUAUUUCAUACAGUUUAGCAAUUUAAAAUCUUGUAAUAUCUGGAUAUUGCAACUACCCUUAUUUAAUCAUGCAGUAUGUGCUUCAUUGGACAAUCUUGUUUCAAACAAAUAUUGUAUUGUCUGCCAUUGUUGUAUUGUUUACAAUAUUGUUUUCUACAGAUCCCUAAACAAAUUAAAGUCAGAUUCUGUUAAUUGUUUUUACUUUAUUUCAUUUUGGUCUUUCCACUGACCGCAGCAUUAACACAAGAGUAGAUUAAUUUUAGAAUAGACCAAUAUUCCAUAGUUAGGCUAAGAUUAUGUGGGAAAUCAAAUGUUUACAUGCAUUUAAACUGGAGUUUGAUGACAAGUUGCCUACUUACUAACACUUGUGUUAAUCUGUAUAAACAUACAUUUCCUUGACAUAUCUAGAAAAACUUCUUACAUUUUAAGAACUUAUUCCAUUCAGCAAUUUUUUUAUUUUUCCUAAAGUGUUUUGACUAACGCUUGUACAUUUUAAAGACAAAUGCCACACCUCAUCUUGCUGGUUUUUAUACAAAAAUAAACAUACUUUUGAUUCCUACUAAGGACAAUAGUUUGUUUAUGCAAGGCAUUCUUAAAGGGAUCCUACAGUACCUCCCUCUACUCCCUCCCCACCCCCCCCGUGGCACUGAAACGUUAAAACCCUCUUAGUCACUUACCUGAAUCCAGUGCCGCUGGGUCAAGUGCUGCCCAUGCUGUUGACAGGGGAGACCUAAUGCUCAUGCGCGGCCAUUGUUUGCGCUCGCAUUAGGAUUUCCCCAUAGGAAAGCAUUAAUCAAUGGGGUUUUUUUUUUUUUUUUUUUUUCUAUGGGUGAUAAAGCUGACGCUGGAGGAAAUUAUGCAGGUCCGUUUCCAUUCCGGAAGCCCUCUAGUGGCUGUCUGGUAGACAGCCACUGUGGGCUGAAGUGUUCUGGGUGCCUACAGUGUCCCUUUAAACUCUCUUCAAUGUAUUUAUCUCUAAAACUUCCAAUGCUGGGCUAUUCUCAAAAUCAACAAAACUCUAAAUAAGGCUCUCUUUACAGGAAGUGUUUAUGGAAGGCUGUGCAAGUCACAUGCAGGGAGGUGUGACUAGGGUUCAUAAACAAAGGGAUUUAACUCCUAAAUGGCAGAGGAUUGAGCAGUGAGGCUGCAGGGGCAUGUUCAAUACACUAAAACUGCUUCAUUAAGCUAAAGUUGUUCAGGUGACUCUAGUGUCCCUUUAAUAAAAGAAAUGGAACAUUUUCGCUAUAAACAAAAUGUUAAA